AUGGCUGCGCAGCCGCUUCUGCGGAUUUUGUGUCUGGCGGGUUUUCGGCAGAGCGAGCGGGGCUUCCGUGAGAAGACCGGAGCGCUGCGGAAGGCGCUGCGGGGCCGCGCAGAGCUCGUUUGCCUCAGCGGCCCGCACCCGGUCGUAGACGUAGCCUGGUCGGAGGGCGCCAGGCCAGACUCUGGACCCUGCCCUCCGGAGGAGCAGCCUCGAGGCUGGUGGUUUUCCGAACAGGAGGCAGACGUUUUCUUGGCCCUGGAAGAACCCACGGCGUGCAGAGGUCUGGAGGAAGCUCUGGGAACGGUGGCACAGGCACUGAACAAGCUGGGGCCUUUCGAUGGGAUCCUUGGUUUCAGCCAGGGGGCCGCGCUAGCAGCUCUUGUGUGUGCCCUUGGCCAAGGCGGUGAUCCCCGCUUCCCUUUGCCCCGGUUUGUCAUACUUGUAUCUGGUUUCUGCCCGCGGGGCCUUGGCCUCAUGGAACCCAUCAUGCAGGGCCCCUUGUCACUGCCUUCCCUCCAUGUUUUUGGGGACACUGACGGCGUCAUCCCCUCUCAGGAGAGUAUGCAGCUAUGUAGCCGAUUCGAUGGAGCCGUCACCCUUACCCACUCUGGUGGCCACUUCAUUCCAGCAGCCGCACCCCAGCGCCAGGCCUACCUCAAGUUCUUGGACCAGUUUGCAAACUGA